UCGAUUUCCCCACCCAUUCCAGAGAGCAAAAGAAGGAGAAUGAGCUCACACCCUCUCUCCUUCACCCCUCUUCGCCGCAUCCCAACCAACACACUGCCGCUACCACCACCAUCACCUACCUCCAAUCUCCACCGCACUCCAUCCUCAAGAACCUACAUCCCUUCUCACGUGUACAAGCACCCCUCAGCCAUACUCCUCGAGCUCUGUACUUCCAUGAAAGAACUCCACCAAUUCAUCCCCCUCAUCAUCAAGAACGGUCUCUAUUCGGAGCAUUUGUUCCAGACCAAACUUGUCAGUUUGUUCUGCAAAUUCGGUAGCCUCCAUGAGGCUGCUCGAGUUUUCCAACCCAUUGAGGACAAAAUCGAUGAGCUUUACCACACAAUGCUCAAAGGGUACGCCAGGAAUUCUUCAUUGGACGAUGCCGUGUCCUUUUUCUGUAGAAUGAGGUACGAUGGUGUGAGGCCUGUUGUUUAUAAUUUUACUUAUUUGUUGAAAGUUUGUGGCGAUAAUGCGGACCUUAGAAAGGGUAAGGAGAUUCACUGUCAGUUGAUUGUUAAUGGUUUUGCGUCGAAUGUGUUUGCGAUGACUGGUGUUGUGAAUAUGUAUGCCAAAUGUAGGCUUGUUGAGGAAGCGUAUAAGAUGUUUGAUAGAAUGCCUGAGAGGGACUUGGUUUGCUGGAACACGAUUAUUUCCGGCUAUGCGCAAAAUGGGUUUGGGAAAACUGCUUUGGAAUUGGUUUUGCGAAUGCAGGAGGAGGGAAAAAGGCCUGAUUCCAUCACCAUUGUUAGUAUUCUGCCUGCUGUAGCGGAUAUGGGAUCACUGAGAAUUGGCAGGUCGAUUCAUGGGUAUAGUAUGAGAGCUGGGUUUGAGUCGUUUGUGAAUGUGUCUACUGCUUUGGUGGACAUGUAUUCAAAAUGUGGUUCAGUGGGCACAGCUCGGUUGAUUUUUGAUAGGAUGACUGGUAAGACUGUGGUUUCAUGGAAUUCCAUGAUUGAUGGGUAUGUGCAAAAUGGAGAUCCUGGGGCAGCUAUGGAGAUUUUUCAGAAGAUGAUGGAUGAACAGGUGGAAAUGACCAAUGUUACCGUUAUGGGCGCUUUACAUGCCUGCGCUGAUUUGGGUGAUGUUGAGCAGGGAAGGUUCGUUCAUAAAUUAUUGGAUCAGUUGGAACUUGGGAGUGAUGUUUCUGUGAUGAACUCUUUGAUUUCCAUGUAUUCCAAGUGUAAAAGAGUUGACAUUGCUGCGGAGAUAUUUGAAAACUUGCAGCAUAAGACCCUUGUUUCUUGGAAUGCAAUGAUAUUAGGUUAUGCGCAAAAUGGGCGCAUAAAUGAGGCUAUAGAUUAUUUUUGCAAGAUGCAAUUGCAGAAUAUCAAACCAGAUUCAUUCACAAUGGUGAGUGUGAUUCCUGCUCUUGCAGAGUUAUCGGUGUUACCACAAGCAAAGUGGAUCCAUGGUCUUGUGAUAAGAACUUGUUUGGACAAGAAUGUUUUUGUGGCUACUGCUCUUGUGGACAUGUAUGCAAAAUGUGGGGCCGUUCACACUGCAAGGAAGCUCUUUGACAUGAUGGAUGAGCGGCAUGUCACAACUUGGAAUGCUAUGAUAGAUGGGUAUGGGACACAUGGGCUUGGAAAAGCUGCAUUAGAACUGUUUGAAAAGAUGAAAAAGGAGGUCAUCAAACCAAAUGAGGUGACAUUUUUAUGUGUUCUCUCAGCUUGCAGUCACUCAGGCUUGGUAGAAGAGGGAUUCCAAUAUUUUGGCAGCAUGAAGAAAGAUUAUGGCUUGGAGCCUGCAAUGGAUCACUAUGGAGCCAUGGUUGACCUGCUUGGUCGAGCCAACCGGCUCAAUGAGGCUUGGGAUUUCAUUCAAAAGAUGCCUAUCGAGCCUGCGAUUAGCGUUUUUGGUGCCAUGUUGGGGGCUUGCAGGAUUCACAAAAAUGUUGAGUUGGGGGAGAAGGCUGCAAACAGAAUAUUUGACCUAGACCCAGAUGACGGUGGGUACCAUGUGCUGCUUGCUAAUAUAUAUGCCACUGCUUCAAUGUGGGACAAAGUUGCAAGAGUGAGAACAACAAUGGAGAAGAAAGGGAUUCAGAAAACCCCUGGGUGGAGUGUUGUAGAAUUGCAAAAUGAGGUUCACAUUUUCUACUCUGGAACUACAAGCCAUCCCCAGGCCAAAAAAAUCUAUGCUUUCCUCGAGACACUUGGAAAUAGGAUCAAAGCUGCUGGUUACAUGCCAGACACCAAUUCAGUUCAUGAUGUGGAAGAUGUUGUUAAGGAGCAGUUACUCAAUAGCCAUAGUGAGAAGCUGGCUAUUGCAUUUUCACUUCUAAAUACCAGCCCAGGUACAACCAUACACCUACGCAAGAAUCUCAGGGUCUGUGGUGACUGCCAUAACGCGACGAAAUACAUUUCACUCGUGACCAAGCGAGAAAUCAUAGUGAGGGAUAUGCGCCGUUUUCAUCACUUCAAGGAUGGAACCUGUUCUUGUGGAGAUUAUUGGUGAAUUGGUCUUUGCAAGAAUCCUGACUCCUGAGUAGCAACCAUUUGGGUGUGUUGACAUGAAGUUUCCACUCAAAUUUUGUGAUCUUUGACAACUUGGAAACGUCAUCAAUUUAUUGAGCUGCAUCUCCAGAGGUACUGAAAGCUCCAACAUUUAUUGAUUUAUUUCUCACCUUCUACACUGAUAAAUUUGUUGUAAGAUUGACCACAUUAUUGUCUAUAUAUUUAUUCUGCCUUUUACACC